UAGGUGGCGGUGUAUGCACCUAAAAGUUGGAUGCGAUCCGCCAACCCAGUCUCAAAGAAGAAGAAUAAGCAACGCUGAAGAAGAGCUCCGCAGAGUGCGCAGAGAAGGUCACAGCUGAAUCAACUGUCAGAGGACUUUUGACCAGUGACCACCAACAGCCCAAGACGACGACAAACAACAACAACAACAACAACAACAACAACACAUUGAGACUGGCAAAGAGUGUCUGUCUGAGUGACAGGACCAAGCUGUCUGCAGAAAAGAUGGAGGACUCUGUAAAUGCGGAGAGUGUCGCCAAUGGAGGAGGCCUGGUGAACGCAGAGAAAGAGCCAGAAGACACUCUCAGCCCCACAGACCUUUCUGAACUGCUGGCUGCCGGGACCAAAGAGGUUCACGAGAAGGCUGAGAACACCCAGUUUGUCAAGGACUUCCUCAGGGGGCGCAUCCGCAAGGAGCUCUUCAAGCUGGGCGAUGUGGCCCUCUACUACACCUACGAAGCCAUGGAGGAGGAGAUCGAGAGGAACAAGGAUCAUCCUGACUUCUCCCCGCUCUACUUCCCAGAGCUGAAUAGACGUGACGCCCUGGCCCGCGACCUGGACUACUUCUAUGGUGAGGACUGGCGGGAGCGGGUCAGCUGCUCGCCAGCCACGCAACGCUACGUGGAACGCAUCCACAAGGUGGGUCAGGAAGAGCCGGUCUUGCUGGUCGCCCAUGCCUACACUCGCUACAUGGGCGACCUGUCCGGGGGCCAGGUGCUGAAGAAGGUGGCCCAGCGGGCGCUGAAGCUGCCAGCGACGGGCGAGGGCGUCUACUUCUACCAGUUUGACGGCAUCCACAGCGCCAAGGCCUUCAAACAGCUGUACAGGAGCCGGAUGAAUGAGUUGGAGCUGGACAUGGCGACCAAGGACAGGCUGGUGGUGGAGGCCGUGCUGGCCUUUCAGUUCAACAUGGAGGUAUUUGAUGAGCUAGAGGAGAUGGGUAAGGAUAUCCAGGAGGAGGUCAUGGAUGCGGGCAUGCCCGUUCACGGGGCCCAUGGGACCGGAGGAGACCUCAACAAAUGCCCCUACUACGCCGCACAAAUGGCGGCCAGUGGGGGCUCGGCGUACGUCGGUCAGCUGGCCAUGGCCGUCCUCAGACACCCCACAGGCCAGGUCCUAUUCGCCGCCUGGGUCGCUGCCCUCGCCGGAUUGGCUGCGUGGUACUUCAUGUGAUCUGACCCCACAGCCAAUCGUUGGCUGUCCUGCAGGAAAGAAGGAGGAAAAACAGGGAGGGAAGAAAGGAAGAAUUGUUUUCUGAACGUUUGGAUGAGAACCCGUCCGUACCCAGACCUUGUAACCCCUCCUCCCCUCCUCUCGUUUUCUCUCUCUCUACUACCUCCCUCUCACUCUCCCUCCGUCCUGUAUCCUCCCAGUAUGGUUGGUCAUAUUUGUAGCUCUUAGUAUCAUUUUAGAGCCAUUUUUUUUUAUUCAAUCCUGUUAUAGGAUUUAUUUCUUCUUGAGUUGAAAUGAGGUGACAAUUGAUCUUACUUGAUUAGAUUAUAGUGUGAUUUGUUGUCAGGUUGAAGUCUCUUUUAUAAUCCCAAACAAUUGUAUUAUCGAGUGAUGCAGUAGAGUUAGAGUGAAAAAACAGCUACCCCGCUAUGACAAAAAAGGCUUUGUGGAUUUUGACACUUUUAGCUUGCCAUGGGGACUUGGACUAUAUUCUGUUGUCCCCUGGGUGGCCCCACAAUCCGUCCAUCAAACCAAAAUGUCAUCUUGAAAAUAUGAGAGCGGUGAGCCUCAGUGCUUGAAGUGGACUGAAUUAGGUGCUGGUACUGAAGAAGUAGAACAUUUGAGGUGCUGGCACUCUGUACCGGUGAGCACCAGCCCAACUCAAACACUGCUGAGCCGUAUACAGUAAAAGUAACAAGUUCUAUGCAUAUGUUAAUAUGCAGACCUGGCAAAGUGCAGGAGUGUUUCUGCAGGGCAGACUACUAUGUCUUUGCGUGAGUAGGUUGAGAGGCAUCUUUUUAAGUUUGUGUUAAUGGUUAUGGGGGCGAUACUCUCUUGGAAGUAGUCCCAAGAUUUGGUUACGGACAACACAGGCUAACUGACAGCAAGAGCACACUUUAUAGAAAGGUCUAGACUUUAAAAUGUCUGCCAACGGUUGGCACACAUCACAAUGUAUUAUUUUUCUCUUCUCUCAAAAUGAAUGCAGGCAGAAAAUUCCAACCUCCUGUGAAAAGCACACAGACAGUGAGUGAGUGACAGGAUGGACACCUUUUAGUUCUCGUGUUUUAGGAUGGACGAGCAAUAUUACUAUUAAUAAUUUCUGAAGUGUAUUUUUUGUUUUAUGCUACGUUGUAUUUAGUUAUCUAGUGCUGUCCAGUCCCUUGUCCUUUGCUUUGCACUCAGACAGUAUACAGGGGAACAGCGUGUCUGAAAACGGACACAUCCGUCCUGGAAACGUGUAUAAAGUUGAUUUUCAGGAUUGUUCUAGGCCUGUGGACACCAGGUAGAGGCAGCGAAUACAGCAGCUAGUGUAAUGGUCUGGGAGACAGGGCAGGACAGGUGAGAUGAGAUCAGGAAAGAUUGGUGAAGACAAGGUACCUCAUUAGUCUGAAUGGAUAACAUUGAAGACUUAAAAGCUAUGCACCAACCUGAUGAGGUUGGGCCAUCGUUGUUUAGUUGUGGAGGAGAGCAGUGUGUUGUGCAGGUGACCAUAAGUUUAUAUCUGAGGAAUUAUAAGGCCACUACAGUAUUUAGCAGAUCCUAUUCAGGUUUCACACUGACAUCAACGUUACAUUCCUUGAUUUGUUUGUAGUUUUAACAUUGAAGACAACAGUUUGCGUUGUAUUCUAUGCUUUCGCUUGAAGAUGAAGAGAUUAAUGGUCAGAAUGCUGAAUACCAAAGGUCAAGUUGCUGACAUCACAUGACGUUAUCUCGGUUCAAUAUUUAAACAGGUUCAAUGCUGUGUGUUUUCAGGUCUGUGGUUCUCUCCUAUCCAUCUCUGGUGUAUUUGGUAGUCAUUGAAUCCUUUGCAGGUGUUCGAUGACAUUAUGUGUUCAGUAGCCCUCCAUCGGAGGCGUUGAAGGCCUUUACCAGGUCGUGUUCAUUGGGUAUCAACAAAACAGAAUGAAACAGGGAAUGUCUGGAUUAGUCCAAUAAGACAUUUUUGAUUUCCGUGGCUUAACUUUGUAAAACUUUUGCAUUAAUGAACAUGACCCAGGUGUAGUUAUGGCUGUCCAGACCAGUCUAGAGCCUCAUUACACAGUCAUGUACCUGUUGGGUCUCGGGUUCUUAAUGGUUUAUGUUAACACUCCCGAGUGGCGCAGUGGUCUAAG